UAGAGAAAAUUUUCUGGAAUCCUAUUGAUUUGGCACUGCUUUUGGAGUUUAUUUCUUUCACUCUUAGUAAAGAACUCCUACUGGUUUCAUACAGUUUUUUUCUGGGAUUUCUGGGCUUAAAUCUGAAGCUGUGUUGGAUUUCUUGUUUGGUUAUUGUUGUUGCUGUUUCUCACUCAACUUUUCAGAGAUCUAUUUUCUUUCUGUUGUUUUCUUGCCGCUGUCAAGGAUGAGCACUAUUGAAAAUGAACCCUUCACAAUCCUCGAGAAAUCCCGUUAGAACUCCAUAUGUGGUGGAAUGACUUAGGGAAAGUUAGCAGAGAUACUGUGAUAAAAGCUUUGGGCGGUCUCGUUGGUCUUUUGGCGCAUAAUGUGUUCCAUUUUUUUGAUUUUGAGCUAACCCCUACGCUUGAGGAAAUAGCGGGCUAUGUCGAUCUUAGUGGGAAUCUCAGAAGUCGGUACCCAGUGGCACCAAGAGCGGUGACUCCUCAUAAGUUUCUGGACCUUCUGAGUAUCAGUCGGGAAGUCAAAGAUGGAAAUUUGGCCGAGGGAUUUUGCACAUUCUACUUUUUGUACCGCCGUUAUGGGGAUCCCUAUGGUUUUGAGGCUCCGGAUACUGGUCUAACUCAUUCAGGGAACAAAGGUAAAUGUGAAGCACGUCGGGGACUGGCUUUUAUAGUGGCAUUCCUGGGCAUCUUAAUCUGCCCAAGAAAGGAUGGAAAUAUAAAGUUGGGGCUCGUGGGAAUGGCCAACUUCAUGACUAAAAAGGCUAAUGGCACCAUUAUACCAAUGAUCCUACUUAUCGAGCUCUCACUGUUUUGCCGAGAAGGGGGAAAUUUUUUUGAGGGUUGCAACAUGCUUUUACAACUUUGGAUGGAAGAACACCUUUGCCAUCGUCCGGGGUACAUGAACUAUGGUAUGAUCGAUCUUAACUGCAUUGAAGAACAUGAAAACCGGGUGGAGGGUCAUGAGUUUCCGGAAGGUACGGAGGCAUGGUUCGCACAUUUGAGUUCCUUGACUGCAAGCGAAAUUUAGUGGACAUUUGGUUGGCUCCUGGUCACUGAAGUCAUUUACAUGUCGGCUGAAGUGUGCUUUCUUCUAUUAAUGGGUCUCCGGAGCAUUCAGCCAUAUGCUCCAUACCGGGUUCUGCGCCAGCUAGGCAGGUACCAAACUAUCCCACAUGAUGAAUAUUUGAGUCGACAAGUCAUUGAACUAGGUCCAAAAGUUGUAUUCCCGGAAGAAAAGGUUCGCCAAAUUUGGCAUCAGUGUAGGUUCCUAGAGCCAAAGACUUGGGUACGAGGUUUGUCCAAAGGCGAGCUAGAGCCUAGUUACACGACUUGAUAUGGUAAAAGGUUUCAAGUCCAUCAAGAGCCCGAACGGCCUGCCAAAAGGCACCAUGUCCAACAAUUCACUGAUGGGGCACAUAAGCAAUGGGAUUGGUUGGCAAAAGAGACAAGCUACAGGGCCACGAUAAGCAAAUUGGUGGGGCAAAUCAGAGAUCUUAAAUUUGACAAUAGUGUACAGGCUGCUGCUGAUGAAGGGGACAAGAAGAAGUUGGCCCAAGAAAACAAAGCCCUUGGAGCCCAGAUCCAAAAAAUGAAGAUAGCUGCUGAGAAUCAGGAAAUGAGCCAAAUAGAUGAAAGACUCAUAAAUGGUCUUAGGAGGAAAAUAUCUAAGUACGAGGAUGAUUUGAAAAAAUCCGAGGGUAGUCUGGCAAGAGCCCGGGCACAUUUGGCAAAGAACGUAGAGGGACGGGCAGAGUUUGCCCGGCAAUUGAAAAGGAAAUAUGAUGGAGAAGUCGCAAACCUGAAGAAAAAUCUAACUACCCUCGAGAAUGAGAUGGCCAAACAAACAAAGAACUUUAAAACAGAAACGGAACAUUGUUAUGCACUAAUGUCUCAGCUAGAAGAAGAUAUGCAACAGUUGCAGGAUCAAAGCCAUCAUGACACCCAAGUGCUAGAAGCCAGGUCUCUACAAAUUGGACGUUUGCUCCAAGAGAAAGGCAUCAUUAGGGAAAGGGUUAGAGCAAUUGCCGACUACAUUGUCAGGAAAUGCCAUGAAUGUGAGGACAUGACUAGAACCACCUUCUUCGCCACAGUGAUGACCUUUGUUCGCCAAAUAAUGAAUGACCUAGAUCGUCUCCAAGGGGAUCUUGCACAUAGGCCCGUGGCGAGACCGGCUGAUGUCCCACGGGCCCCUGGAGUAGUUUUGGAAGCACUUUUGUACUCUUGAUUUUCGUUUUGAGUCUCUAUUUCAGUUUCCAGUUAUAGAGUCUGUUUCGAGUCUGUUUUAGUUUUUCAAUUCCUAG